CUGAUCGCUCACUCGCACAGUUGGUUACAAAUACGUGUAGCCAUGGCGGUGUUGUGGUAAAUGCGAUCGCUGGUCCGCAGGGAUGUAUUUCGUAAGGGUUAUUUGAAAUAAUGGGUGUCGUACAGAAUUGACCCAUUUUUAGGCGUUGAAGAUACAAAAGAAAACUGAUGACAUGGAGAGAGGAAAAGCAUCGCAAGGGCGUGGUGCCAAAACCAAAACUCAGCAAUAUCCAGCUGAUCUGUUUGCCCUGGGUUCCAAGUCCUCCAGAAUGGAAGGUGGUGAAGCAAAGCGUGUUGGAGUGGUGCAUGGUAAACCAGGGGCCUCUCACUCAUUUUCAAGUGCAGAUAGGAAGAGAGAAGUUGUAGGUGGGCCUUUGCCACCUAUUCCUGCGAAGAAGACAAAGAUCGGUACAUCAUCGAUAUUAGGGAGGGUCACUGGAAGUGGCAGUAGUGGUGGUGCAGAAGCCUGGGAAAUGGUAGCGGUAGACUGUGAGCCGGCAGAACUUGUGCCGGCAGUCCUCGAAGCUUGCAACUUGGAUGAAGGUGAUAAGGAGAUUGGUCUUUUAUGUGGUGCAAUUAGAACGCUGCGAAGUCAGCGGUGGAAACCAGAUUCAGUUUCAUAUCUGGGCUUGCUGUAUCUUGCGAAAUUGCGGCCCUCAUUGUUUGCUGGGGACUGUGUAAUGCAUGCUUUGUGUAGUUUGCUGCGACGAGACACAUCUCAUAACUUUAAAAGCAAAGGAAAUCCUUUGGUUCCUGUCCUGGCGGCCAACCUACUUCUUCGAGGAUUCCAAGACAGGAGAACGUGGCCUGAUGUUUUCAUUAAGUUAUAUGUGGAAGAUUCUCUUGGUGAUCGAGUGUGGGUUGAUCACGAAGAUUGUGGGGGCUUUGUGAGCAAUCUUUUGACAGCUGUUAACAGUCGUAUUCCGCCGCGAUCGUUGCUGCAGCCUGAUUUGCCAGGGCUGCCCGGUUCAAGAGGUGAAUCUUGCCCCUCUCCAUGUACAGUGGUAAUUGACGAUGACGGAGCAGAAGGAUCUGUAGGAAGUGGUGAAACAGGGCUGCCAACUGAUAUCAAGGAAAAGAUGGACAUUCCUGUUGUACCAAGGUAUGUAGGUGCACAGGACGCAGUUGAGCAGAUAAUAAUGGAUGCGGUGAGAGAGCAGUUAAACAGGAGACAAUCUCCAGAGAAUAUAACCCGCAACUUUUUGCGUCUCCUGUCUGCCUCUUGUGGCUUGGUUGAGGUUCGUGUGACGACUGCUCCUCGACUUGAGAUAUGGUUGCAGAAUCCGAAACUGAUGCGACCGGCGCAGGAACUCCUUAUGUCUGUAUGUCUGAACUGCAGUACACACACACAAAAGGAUAUUGAAGUUAUCUCACACCUCGUGAAGAUACGGCUGAAGACCAAAGCUCUGAUCAACCUCUACCUCUCCUGUAUCAGGGAACUGAUAACUGCACAUCCAGACAACUUGGCUACAGUGUUGAAGCAUACGAUCUACAAUGAAUUGUCAACUGCUCGUAAUCCCAACAACAUGGCCAUGAUAUCUGUGAUGUUCCAGUCUGCUCCUGAUUCAGCUGCAACUUUUCUUGCUGAGAUAUUCCAGGAUCUGUUGAUGAAUCGUGAAGAUUAUCUUCGUCCUAUCCGCGCCCUGUUAAGGGAGAUUGUCCGUGUCUUGAGACACGACAUCAACAUAUCGGGUCUUUGUAGAGGACUGAUGCUUGAUAGAAAGGACUCGGCACCACAGUUCCGUGAUUUUGAAUUCAAGGAACGUAUGUUUGUGUCCAUAACAGACCUGAUUACCUUGUGCAGUCUUCUCGCCGUCUCUCCAUCUGUGAGAGAAGCAGCUGCUCUCUUGGCACGUGGCGAUAAGAGAGAGAUCGCCGUGUUGCACAAUUUUCAACUCCUUGUGGCAAAAAUUGAACGUGAUGCGGUUUGGUGGCUGCAUGAAACUGUCCCUAGGAUGUACCGACCUAGCGCUGCUGAAUUCGUCCAUGCUCUUCAUAAGGUGUUGUUUAUGGAACACCCCGAACAGUAUUACAAUCGUGACAUGUGGCCGCCAGAGAACGACCGUCCUUUGAUGUUCCGGUUGGCUUCAGAUGUACCGGUUCUUCAGAAUACUCUCAUUCGUAUAUUCGUCAUAGGAUUGUCAAAGGACCAUCCCUUGGCACCCCCAGAUACUCUAGAAUUAACUGAUCAGCUGUUGAAGAGGGCAGCUGCUCAGUCGUCAGAAAGCUUACCCAUGUUGCAGGCCGAUAAACUUGACAUCAUUGACCUCGUGUUUAAUUUGAGUGCAUACCACCAUCCAGACAAUAUCAACCUUCCUCCAGGCUACUGUCCGCCUCAGUUAGCAAUAGCCAACCUGUACUGGAAAGGUUGGAUCAUGCUACUGAUCUUGUCAGCACAUAAUCCAACUACAUUUGGUAGCGUAGCCUGGGAGAAAUAUCCUACUCUACGCACACUGAUGGAAAUGUGCAUUACGAAUCACUUCACGUAUCCACCGCCGACAAUCGCCAUGGGUGAGCAAGUGGAAGAGACAAAGGCAAAGGAGCUCCAAAUCGCUGCUCUUGAGAAACAGCAGAUUCUUGAAUUUGAAUCGUAUCUUGCCGCAGCGUCUACUAAGCAGACCAUCACUGAACAAACCAGCCUUCUGCUUACGCAGUUGAUAACAAUGGAUCCCACUGGGCCCCCACGCAAACCUCCACAAGCCGUUUUGGAGCAACUGCAGUCCCUCAAUUCAACACACCGGAUGGGUCAUUUGCUGUGCAGAAGUCGGCACCCAGACUUUCUUUUGGACAUCAUCCAACGUCAAGGAGCCUCUCAGUCUAUGCCGUGGUUGGCCGACCUGGUGGAGAGUUCAGAAGGAGCCCUGAGGUUGUUGCAACCCGAAAAACAACAGAAGCACCAACAAUUACUGCAGCAUUUGCAGAUGGUGUUGACUGACGCGAAGCAAGACCCUCAAGCUCCAUGUGAAGUGUUGGAGUAUUUCCUCAGGAGGUUGAGUUCACCCCAGACUGGCAGCAGAGCUCAAGCUAUCAAAGGUUUGAAGCUGGUGCUCUCUUCAGUUUCGAUGGAGGAGGAGGCCAUGGAAAUCGACAGUCAGCAAGAUCCUAAUGGCGAUAACUCGUGGCUGCUCCGCCAGCUGCCUCAGUUGCCCCACUUCCUCGACGUGCGCCCGCAGGUCGUGCAAGCCCUGCGACAAGCCUGCCAAGUAGAGAACGAUCCGGCGUUAGUUAGUAGUUACAUCUACUUCCUGGCCCUUCAUACGACACAUGACAGUUUACCUGAUCUGGCAGACCUUGUGCUGGAUAUGGCCCAGCUAAUUGUGGAGAGGAGUUCUAUCGUGGCAGCGAUCUUGCCGGCCCCAGACCAAGAAGUUCCCGGAGCUCUGAUCACUCUGAACGCGCUGAUGCUCAUGUUCUGCUCAUACCUGCAAAAGGCAAGGGAACCUAGACGUGAGGCCUAUACGUGGUCUGAAAGCCAGGAUCAGAUUUUGGUGACUUGGAGCACAGGAGAGGAGUCAACGAUGCAUAUUCUGGUUGUACAUGCCAUGAUCAUCUUAUUGAACUAUGGGCCAGGACUGGAUUUGAAUCUUUUUGAGAGUCUGUUGGAAACAUGGUUUCCACUCGGCAAGGAGACUCCCAAGGCUUAUUUAGUGGAUACAUCAGAAGAAGCACUGCUGAUCCCUGAUUGGCUGAAACUUAGGAUGAUUCGGUCCAAUGUGGAUCGUUUGGUGGAUGCGGCACUUACCGACCUGGAACCGCCCCAGCUUGUGCUCUUCAUUCAAUCAUUUGGAAUUCCGGUCAAAUCCAUGAGUAAACUCCUGCAUACUCUGGAUGAAGCUGUAACUGCAGAUCCAUUAUCUGUGGGUGAAGCGGUACUGGACAAGAGCUAUAUGGCACAGCUGGUUGAAGUUCAGCAUCAUCGCGGCGCUACCGGAGGACAGAUGCUUGUGCGUGUUGUUCAGCUGGAGCAGCCCAAAUUACCAGAUUACUCUAGGCUGUGCCCCACAACACCUCGACCAACUCUCCCAGUGGCCGCUCUGUCAAAUAAAGACAGAACGAAAGUUGAACAUCAGAUGGAUGCAAAGCAAGUUGCUUCCAUAUUGUUACAAAUCUUUGGGAGUGUAACCGUGGAACCAGAAUGGAGUAAGGUUGAAAAACAGCAAGCAUUCAGGACCCUGCAGAAGACAUUGGCAGUUGAACUGCAGCAGUUAGUGGGAGAAAAGAAAAUACUAGUCUCCACAAUUGCGUUCUUUGAUGAAGUUUUAAAUUCACCAAGAUCAACGCGGUUCGUCAGUUCUCUGCUUCAUACACCGCAGCUGGCGUGCCCAUUACUGCGCCUUAUGACUACAACAGCUGCGAAGGCCAGCAACUCACACAAUGUGGUGCAGUCUCUAGUUGGUAUCUGUCAAGGCAUUAUGAGAACUGUGAGAGACACCAAAUCUCCAGUAGUGGCCAUUAUUAAGCACUUCUUAUGCAAACACACAUUGAAACGUGAACAAAAGUCUCAGGUAGUUCAGCUGUCAUCUACAGAAGACCCAUUUCAAGUUCUUCAGCAGAGCCCUAUUUUGAAGUUGGAACGAAAUGGGCAGUUAUUGCUGGAUGAGGGGUUAAAACUGCAUCAUACAGAGAAAUUGGUUGAAGCAAUGGGUAGGUUGCUGCUUCAGGACACAACUGGAUCUUCAACACAGAUUGAUAACAUGGCGUCUUCUGAGUCGCGUCUAGCCAGACCUGAACGGACUGGCUUGUUAAUAGACUGGCUUGCUUCAGUUGAACCUGAACUUAUUGGCUCAUGUACAUCAUUACAGAUGCAACUUCUGUUUUCUAAAUCUCCUAACAAUCAAAUCGCAGCUUCCAAAUUGGGAAGCCCCGCUACACAGUCGUGUCGGCCGUAUCUUCUGACUCUGCUGACACAUCGAGCUAGUUGGACAACGUUACACCACUGCUUACAAAAUCUGCUUGAUGGGGGUGAUCAGAAGUACGACCCGGCAGCUGUGCUUGACUUUCUGUGGGCUCUGACCUGUAACCCAAAACUUUGGCAGGGGCGUGAGAAGUUUACACCCAAACAUCAUUCUCCAGAAGAUAUACUGAGGCUCACAUCAGCUCAGACUCUGGCGUUAGUUGGUUAUAUUGUUGAAGAAGCCGUCAUUACAGAUGCAGAAGGUGAAAGUCUUUCACGACAGAAUGCGUCAGAUAAGAUGGAAUCUCGCCUUCCUCUGUUACUGCAGUGUACCAAUGAUGGACAGGAGAUGGCAGCAGUGGCCAAAUAUCUUGUUGACAUUAUGUCUGGUAAGACAGGGUUGAGGUCGGAUGUCGCGAAUCAUUUGCUACUGAAACUUUACUUCCGAAUUCCUGGCGUGAUCCAGCAUCUCACUGAUGUAGAACUGGACAAGUUCCUAGCUGGGGCAUGUGUUACUGAGUGGAGCAGCAGCGUCCUGGAUGGCAUGUCUCACACACUCUUCACUGCUCUUACCGCGACGUCGCAGAACAAGGACUGGACCAGACGUUCGCAGGAGUAUGAGCUUCUUGCCCGUAAGAUGGCGUCGGUGCACCCGGUAUUGGUUUUAAGGCAGUUACCUAUGCUGGCAGCUUCACUGAGGGGGAGAGUACAUUUGGACUUUUCCGUAUUUCGAUCGCGGAAUCAUCUGAACCUCUUCCAGCAAGUUGUAGGCAUUCUAGAGUUGCUGCAGCCGCACAUCUUUUUACCGGCAUACUCGGAGGGGCUAGAAGAUACCUUCCACUCAUAUUUUGCUCUUUUUAAGUAUCAUGGACAUAUGAAGGAUCUCACGUCUCUCCUCAAUCGCUUCAUCUCAUUGCUCCAAGGUUUUAUCUCGUACGAUGCCCAGAGAGCCUUGAAGUACCUACAGAAGCAUGCACACAUCCUCAACGAUCUGCAGAUGUAUCAUCAAAAUUUGCCGAGUUUGCGUGCUCUUCUCUCGGGUAUUUCUCUACCCAAGACCGAUGAUGAGGGAGAUGAAGUGAUCGUUGCUGUCGCAGCUCCUCCCAUUACAGCCGAUCCGUCACCCGCGUGGACUCCGAGACUGGCUUCUCUCAACAAGAUGCAAGGAGAUGAUGUGUAUACAGCUUUGCAAGAGUUGGACCACCUGUCAUCUCGCAAGCCUUCAGUUCUAGAUGCAUUCUGUGAGCCUAUAUCUGAGUUGCUGCUCUCGCCCACCAGUAAUAUACGUGUUCUAGCCCACGUGCUGUUGACACGACAUCUGCGACACAAUCCGGCAGCUGCCACGGCUGGCACGGGGUUAGCCGCAUUUUUGCGCUGCCUGGAGAGUGAUCAAGCUGAUAUACUGAACACUGCAUUAGAGAGACUGUCAGAAAUUGUGCUCUGUGCACAAGAACAUGCUUUACCACUAUUACAGAAGGUUUUCAACUUGGGAAUGUGUUCAAAUGUCAACACUGUUCCACACAUCAGCAAAACCAUAGCAUUGCUCAAUGUUCAAACCGGAUGUUAAAAUGCUGAACUAUGAAGUGGCUUUAUGUCCUGUUGUAAAAUUCAUUUAAUUUUUAAGAACUUUCUGACAUCAAAAUAUAUUUGAUAUUGUUUAUUUA